GUCAAUUUUCAGGCCUAGUGCCCAUCACACUCUUUUUUCUACCUUCUACAGCCACUCUUUCAAGAUUCGGUACCGGUCUACCGCCAUUAUGAUUUCGAAGGCCUUCGUUGUAGCAACGCUCGCUUUGACCGUCACCCUUGGGAACGCCUUUCCUCCCGACAGGCAUCGGAAGUUCCACCAUGGCCACUCCUCAGAAAGCCUCUCGGUGAGCUCGAGUUCUUGUACUGAGGAGCCAGAAACGUCCACCAUUGUGGCUCAGGAGACUGUCUACAAGACAAUUCUGGCAUCAUACACUUAUAGCUCGGCAAGCUCUUCGCACGCUGUGGUCGCCACUAGCAAAGUAGCAGCGGUGCCUUCGUCUAAACGCUCCCCCGUAUCUUCUAAACCUGCGGUCUCUGCUCCCAAAGCAUCCUCUGCUCAAAUAUCCUACGUCGAAGUUUCUUCCGCCAAAGCCUCUUCGAAAGCAGCUGCCCCCACCAGAGCGUCUGCCACCAAAGUCUCUUCCACCAAAGCGGCCCCCACGAAAACGUCGUCCUCCAAAGCGUCUUCCAUCCAAGCCUCCGCCGCAGCCGCUGCCUAUACCUCUACUAAAGCUCCGCUCACCCCUCACGGCAAAAAAGCCGGCAUGUCCGGCGGCGACGCCUACUACCUCUGGGAAGACCUCCUCGGCUGGUGGUGGGACUACACCCCCUUCCCCAACAAAACCGACAGCGGCGAGUCCACCGCUCCCGUGCCCGUGCCCAUCCUCUGGGGCAACGGCCACGUCGACGCCGUCGACAAGGAGCGCUUCGACUACUUCACGACAACGACAGUCCAGCUGACCGACCUUCCCUACGUCAUGGGCUUCUACGAACCGGACUGCAGCUCCACCGGCUCGAGCGACAUGCCGGACGUGGACGCGGCGGUGGUGCUGUGGGAGAAGUAUUUCGCGCCGCUAAAGGGCAAGACGCUGCUGGGGAGUCCCGGGAUGUGCAAGCAGGCGGAUGAGACGUGGUUGGAGGAGUUUUACUCCAAGAUCAGCACGCCGUGGGAUUUUACGACGGUGCAUAUCAACAAGGUGGAUAUGGAUGGUGUGAACAAAGAUCUUGACCACUACUGGGACAAAUACGCCCUCCCCAUCUGGGUGACCGAGUUCAGCUGCGUCCAAGACAACCCCUGGAUCCCCUCCACCGACCAGACUCUGAUCAACGAGUACAUCUCCAAUAUCGUCCCGCUGCUCGAGAAAGACGACCGCGUGUACGCGUAUGCGUACUCGACUGGGGAGGGCCUGGCGGAGGAGUGGAAGCCGGUGAUAAACGGAGUUUUGACCGAAAGUGGGCAGAAGUACCUCGAUGCCAUCUCGGCGUACUAAGCGUGGAUCGACUUUUUCUCGAAUUCUUUGCUCUCGGGCACGGGCGGUGUACAAAAGUGGGUGUUUGAUAAGGAACGGUUCGAGUGCAUGUUUGCGGAGGUAGAUGGACAGAUUUCCCGGGUAUGUUUGGGGUUGUGUAAAUAUAUUUUCUCUUCUAGAUGUGGAACAUCACCAUAGAUUUGACGAACGGGCCAUUAGAUCCAACAAAC